GGACAAUCUUCGUCUGAAUCUCAUUCAGGAAACACUGCAGUAACACUGAUGACGCAAUCAUCAUCAGAAAGCCGGCCAACAGUGACACAGUUAUCAUCCAGCACUGAGUCACGAGCAGAAACCACUUCAAGAGAAGCACGAGUAUCACCAGUAACUGAGACAUCAUCAGUAACGCAUCCAAAAACAAGUAACGUGUCAUUCAAAACUUUGACUUCAACAGAAAGUAUUCCAACAAUGACACAAUUCUCAUCCAGCAUUGAGUCAACAGCAGAAUCCACUUCAAGAGAAGGACGAGUGUCACCAGUGACUGAGACUUCGUCAGUGACACAUCCAACAAGUAACAUGUCAUCCAAAACACUGCCAUCAACAGAAAGCAAUCCAACAAUCACACAAGUAUCAUCAAUAACUAAGACUUCAUCAGAAAUAUCUUCCUCAACAACACAGAUGUCAACAGUGACACAGACCUCAUACCAGACCCAUUCAACAGGAAAAGAAUUGUCAUCAAUAGUGUCAUCCUUAGCUGCAACCCAUUCAUCUGCACAGACAUUAUCAGUGUUUCCGCCAACACCAGAAUCCAAGACAUCAACAUCACAAUUCUCAUCAACAACUGAGUCGUCCUCAGAAUUCCAUGGUACACCCAACCAAAAAUCAUCAGUAACUGAAACAUCAUCAGAAAUGUAUCCUACAGCAACACAAAUGUCAACAUCAGAAAACCAUUUGUUAGCACACAGUACAUCAACUCUUUCUUCAACAUCAGAAAGCAAUCCAACAACAGAGCAUGUAUCUUCCAUAACUGGGUCUUCUUCAGAAUCCCAUCCAGUAGUGACACAAGUAUCAUCAAUAAGUGAGACCCCAUUCGAGACCACUCAGCGAUCAUCACAAUUAACCUCUUCAGGUCAAUCUUCAUCUGAAUCUCAUUCGGGAAACACUGCAGUAACACAGAUGAGGCAAUCAUCAUCAGAAAGCAGGCCAAGAAUGACUCCAUUCUCAACCAGCACUGUGUCAACAGCAGAAACCACUUCAAGACAAGCACUAGUGUCACCAGUGAUUGAGACUUCGUCAGUGACACAUCCGACAAGUAACAUGUCAUCCAAAACUGUGCCAUCAUCAGAAAGCAAUCCAACAAUAACACACGUAUCACUAAUAACUAAGACUUCAUCAGAAAGAUAUCCACUAUCAACACAAGUGUCAGCAGAAACACAGACGUCAUCAGAGACCCAUUCAAGAAUGAAAGGAUUGUCAUCAGUCGUAUCAUCCUCAGCUAAAACCCAUUCAUCUCCACAAACUUCAUCAGUCACUCCUUCCACAGCUAAAUCCAGUUCACCAACAUCACAACUCUCAUCAAUAACCCCAUCGUCUUCAGAUACCCGUGGUACAUAUACCCAAAGAUCAUUCAGAACUGGUACUACAUCAGACGCGUAUCCUACAGCAACAGAAAUGUCAACAUCAGAAAACCAUUUGUCAUCACAGAGUACAUCAACACUUUCUUCAACAUCAGAAAGCCAUCCAACAACAGCGCAUCUAUCUUCCAUAACUGGGUCUUCUUCAGAAGCCCAUCCAUUUGUGACACAACUAUCAUCAAUAACUGAGACCCCAUUCGAGACCACUCAUGGAUCAUCACAUUUAACCUCUUCAGGACAAUCUUCGUCUGAAUCUCAUUCAGAAAACACUGCCGUUACACUGAUGACGCAAUCAUCAUCAGAAAGCCGGCCAACAAUGACACCAUUCUCCAGCAGCACUGUGUCAACAGCAGAAAUCACUUCAGGACAAGCAUUCGUGUCACCAGUGACUGAAACUUCAUCAAUGACACAUUCAACAAGUAAUGUGUCGUCCAAAACGGUGCCAUCAUCAGAAAGCAAUCCAACAAUAACACACGUAUCACUAAUAACUAAGACUUCAUCAGAAGGAUACCCACCGUCAACACAAGUGUCAGCAGAAACACAGACUUCAUCAGAGACCCAUUCAACAAUGAAAGGAUUGUCAUCAGUUGUAUCAUCCUCAGCUAAAACCCAUUCAUCUCCACAAACUUCAUCAGUGACUCCUUCCACAGCUAAAUCCAGUUCACCAACAUCACAACUCUCAUCAAUAACCCCAUCAUCUUCAGAAAUCCAUGGUACACAUACCCAAAGACCAUUCAGAACUGGUACUACAUCAGAAACGUAUCCUACAGCAACAGAAAUGUCAACAUCAGAAAACCAUUUGUCAGCACAGAGUAUAUCAACACUUUCUUCAACAUCAGAAAGCAAUCCAACAACAGCGCAUGUAUCUACCAUAACUGGGCCUUCUUCAGAAUCCCAUCCAGUAGUGACACAAGUAUCGUCAAUAACUGAGACCCCAUCAAAGGUCACUCAGGAAUCAUCGCAAUUAACCUCUUCAGGACAAUCUUCGUCUGAAUCUCAUUCAGGAAACACUGCAGUUACACUGAUGACACGAUUGUCAUCAGAAAGCCGGCCAACAGUGACAAAGUUAUCAUCUAGCACUGAAUCACCAGCAGAAACCACUUCAAGAAAAGGAUUAGUGUCAUCUGUAACUCAGACACCAUCAGUAACACAUCCAAAAAUAAGUAACGUGUCACUCAAAACUUUGACCUCAACAGAAAGUCGUCUAACAAUGACACAAUUACCAUACAGCACUGAGUCAACAGCAGAAACCACUUCAAGUGAAGCACUGGUGUCAGCAGUGACUGGGGCUUCGUCUGUGACACAUCUAACAACUAAUCUGUCAUCCAAAACUGUGACAUCAACAGAAAGCAAUCCAACAACAACACACAUAUCACCAACAACUAAGACUUCAUCAGAAGGAUAUCCACCGUCAACACAAGUGUCAGCAGAAACACAAACUUCAUCAGAGACCCAUUCAACAAUGAAAGGAUUGUCAUCAGUAGUAUCAUCCUCAGCUAAAACCCAUUCAUCUGCACAACCAUCAUCAGUGACUCCAUCCAUAGCUAAAUCCAGUUCACCAACAUCACAACUCUCAUCAAUAACCCCAUCAUCUUCAGAAAUCCAUGGUACACAUACCCAAAGAUCAUUCAGAACUGGUACUACAUCAGACGUGUAUCCUACAGCAACAGAAAUGUCAACAUCAGAAAACCAUUUCCGGACAACUAUCAUGCAAAUAUCAUCCAGCACUGAGGCAACAGUGGAAACCACUUCAAGAGAAGCACCAGCGUCACCAGUAACUGAGACAUCAUCAGUGAUACAUCCAAAAACAAGUAACCAGUCAUUCAAAACUGUGUCAUCAUUAAAAAGCAAUCCAACAAUGACGCAAUUAUCAUCCAAUAAUGAGUCCCCUGAACAACUCACUUCAAGGGAAGUACUCAUGUCCCCAGUAGCAGAGACGUCAUCAGUGACACAUCCAACAACAACUAACGCGUCAUUCAAAACUGUGCCAUUAUCAGAAAGCAAUGCAACAAUCACUAAACGAUCAUCAAUAACUAAGACUUCAUCAGAACUAUCUCCCUCAACAAUACAGGGAUCAACAGUGACUCAGAGUUCAUCACAGACACAUUCAACAGGAAAAGAAUUGUCAUCAAUAGCAUCAUCCUCAGUAGAAACCUAUUCAUCUGCACAGACAUCAUCAGUGUUUCCGUCAACACCAGAAUCCAAGUUAUCAACAUCACAAUUCUCAUCAACAACGGAGUUGUCUUCAAAUCUCCAUGGUACACACAAUCAAAAAUCAUCAAUAACUGAAACAUCAUCAGAAAUGUAUCCUACAGCAACACAAAUGUCAACAUCAGAAAACCAUUUGUCAGCACACAGUACAUCAAAACUUUCGUUAACAUCAGAAAGCAAUCCAACAACAGAGCACGUAACUUCCAUAACUGGGCCUUCUUCAGAAUCCCAUCCAGUAGUGACACAAGCAUCGUCAAUAACUGAGACCACAUCAAAGGUCACUCAGGAGUCAUCGCAAUUAACCUCUUCAGGACAAUCUUCAUCUGAAUCUCAUUCGGGAAACAUUGCAGUAACACUAAUGACGCAAUCAUCAUCAGAAAGCCGGCCAACAGUGACACAGUUAUCAUCUAGCCCUGAGUCAACAGCGGAAACCAAUUCUAGCAAAACACUAGUAUCAUCGGCACCUGAGACAUCAUCAGUAACGCAUUCAAAAACAGGAAACAUGUCUUUCAAAACGGUGACAUCAACAGAAAGUAGUACAAAAAUGACACAAGUACCAUACAGCGCUGAGUCAACAGCAGAAACCACUUCAAGUGAAGCACUACUGUCACCAGUGACUGGUACUUCGUCUGUGACCGAUCCAACAACUAACCUGUCACUCAAAACUGGAUCAACAACAGAAAGCAAUCCAACAAUCAUACAAGUAUCAUCGACAACUAUGACUUCAUCAGAAGGAUAUCCACCAUCAACACAGGGGUCAACAGUGAUACAGCCUUCAUCACAGACCCAUUCAUCAGGAAAAGAAUUGUCAUCAGUAGUGUUGUCCUCAGUAGAAACCUAUUCAUCUGCACAGACGGCAUCAGUGACUCCGUCAACACCAGAAUCCAAGUUAUCAACAUUGCAACUCUCAUCAACAACUGAGUCAUCUUCAAAUCUCCAUGGUACACACAACCAAAAAUCAUCAAUAACUGAAACAUCAUCAGAAAUGUAUUAUACAUCAAAAUUUUCUUCAAAAUCAGAAAGCAAUCCAACGACAGCACAUGUGUCUUCCAUCACUGGGCCUUCUUCAGAAUCCCAUCCAGUAGUGACACAAGCAUCGUCAAUAACUGAGACCCUAUUCGAGACCACUCAGGGAUCAUCAAAAUUCACCUCUUCAGGACAAUCUUCAUCUGAAUCUCAUUCUGGAAACACUGCAGAAACACAGAUGACGCAAUCACCUGCAGAAACCAGGCCUACAAUGACAGAAUUCACCUCCAGCACUGUGUCAACAGCAGAAACCACUUCAAGACAAGCACUAGUGUCACCAGUGACUCAGACUUCAUCAGUGACACAUUCAGCAAAUAACGUGUCUUACAAAACUGUGCCAUCAACAGAAAGCAAUCCAACAAUCACACAAGUAUCAUCAAUAACUAAGACUUCAUCAGAAAUAUCUCCCUCAACAACACAGGGGUCAACAGUGACACAGAUUUCAUACCAGACCCAUUCAACAGGAAAAGAAUUGUUAUCAAUAGCAUCAUCCUCAGCUGCAACCCAUUCAUCUGCACAGACAUUAUCAGUGUUUCCGCCAACACCAGAAUCCAAGUUAUCAACACCACAACUGUCAUCAACAACUGAGUCGUCCUCGGAACUCCAUGGUACACACAACCAAAAAUCAUCAAUGACUGAAACAUCAUCAGAAACAAAGCAAUUCAACACCAGCGCAUGUAUCUUCCAUAAAUGGGUCUUCAUCCGAAUCCCAUCCAAUAGUGACACAAGCAUCGUCAAUAACUGA